UAAGAGAUGGAGGGAGAUCCAGCUGGGAAAACUAUACCAGCCCUCCUGUCAACCUGUGGCUGUUGAACAAUUCAUAGUGUAGAUACUGGGCUCAGCUCUGCCUGAUUUCCAGCAUGGCUGUGUUGCAAAGAGGCUGCUGGGUAACCAAACUUCUGCAGUGAAGAGAAAGAAGAGAGUAGGUGCUGUUGAUGCAGCUUAACCAUAUGCCCACCCCUGUUGUGCAGUGGAUCUCAGGGAUACCUGUUGGCCUGCUGCUGUGGUACUGCGGCUUGUUCCUUGUGCUGCAAAUGCUGCCCCAAGAUAAAACAGUCAACCAGCACCCGUUUCAUGUAUGCACUUUACUUCAUCCUGGUGACUAUCAUCUGUUGUGUCAUGAUGUCAACAACAGUAGCUAAUGAAAUGAAAACACACAUUCCCUUCUAUGAGCAGAUGUGCAAGGGUAUUCAGGCGGGUGAGAUGUGCGAGAAGUUGGUGGGAUACUCUGCAGUGUACAAAGUCUGUUUUGGAAUGUCCUGUUUCUUCUUUUUGUUCUUCUUGUUCACCAUCAAAAUUAACAGCAGCAAAAGCUGCCGAGCAUACAUUCAUAAUGGAUUCUGGCUGGUUAAACUUAUACUUCUGGCAGCAAUGUGCUCAGGAGCCUUCUUCAUUCCCGAUCAGGACACUUUCCUCAAUGCCUGGCGCUAUGUGGGAGCAACAGGAGGUUUCCUUUUCAUUGCCAUUCAGCUCAUCCUGCUUAUUGAGUUCACACACAAGUGGAAUAAAAAUUGGACUGCGAGUGCAAACCACAAGCAGAUGUGGAAUGGUUUGCUUGCCCUGGUCACUCUCAUCUUGUACUCCGUUGCGGUGGCAGCCCUGGUCCUCAUGGCUCUUUUCUACACGCGCUCUGAGGGCUGCGUGUACAACAAGGUCCUGAUUGGUGUUAACGGUGGUCUGUGCCUCUUUGUCUCACUGGUGGCCAUAUCACCUUGUGUCCAGAAUCGCCAGCCCCAUUCUGGUUUGCUGCAGUCAGGAGUUAUCAGCUGCUAUGUCAUGUACCUCACUUUCUCAGCACUAUCCAGCAAGCCACCAGAAACCAUCCUGGAUGAAAGCAAUCAGAACAUCACAAUCUGUGUACCUGAAUUUAGUCAAGGCCUGCACAGAGAUGAAAACUUGGUUACUGGCCUGGGUACCACCAUUUUGUUUGGCUGCAUUUUAUAUUCUUGUUUGACCUCAACAACACGUGCAAGUUCAGAGGCAUUGAGGGGAAUAUAUGCAACACCCGAAACUGAAGUAGCUCGUUGCUGCUUUUGCUGUGUGCCUGAUGGAGAUGCUGACGCUGAAGAGCACAUUGAAAAAAGGGGAGGCCAGACUGUGAUUUAUGAUGAGAAGAAAGGCACAGUGUACAGUUAUGCCUACUUCCACUUUGUUUUCUUCUUGGCUUCACUCUAUGUGAUGAUGACAGUAACUCAUUGGUUCCAUUAUGAAAGUGCUCAGAUUGAAAAAUUCUUCACCGGAACCUGGUCCAUCUUCUGGGUUAAGAUGGUCUCUUGUUGGGUUUGUGUCUGUCUGUACUUAUGGACUCUUAUUGCUCCACUCUGUUGCCCAACAAGAGAGUUCUCAGUGUGAACACUCAGAAGGUCCUUCUGUGUUUUUCUUUUUUUUUUUUUUCUCCUUGUUACAAAUAAAAUACAACAGUCAUUUUGUGAUGAGGAAACAGCCCAUUUACAAUAACGUACCAAUUAGUAACUUUUGAGUCGGACUAAAUAAAUGAUUGAAGACUUUUUUACCUAUUUCAAUUAUCAUGAACAAUCAUUACCCAUGAAUAAAUCUCUUCCAAAACUUUGUAAUGCUGAUGUGUGGAGUGUAGGAAGAACAGUCGUUGCAUAAACUGGAAUAAGUGAGAUGCUUUUCAGAUAAGUGACAGUCUUUCUCUGGCUUCAUUGGCAAGAAAAGAAAAAAUAAUGGUGCAGAUAAAUCUUCCUUCCUGUGAAUGUUGUAUAUCUUCUAGCAAAUAUGCAUUCCUUUUUAUACUCUUUUAUUAACUGUGUCUUUUACAGUUUGCAGUGAUGAUCUGGACUGCUGUUUUGUACAGCAUAUAAUUCUUGCAAGUAGUAUCCAGAUAAUUUUUUCCGAAAACAUAGCUAAAUACUUCUUUAGAAAUAGAGAAUAUGUAAGAAUUUGAUUGCCAAAGCAUCUACUAAAAAUUGUUUAUCUAAAUAUUGAAUAUAUUAAGUUAUUGUAUACCUAGAUUGAGAAAGGAAUGUACCAAUGAUAAUAGAGUAUUUAUUCUAUUAUAACUUUAAAAAGCAUCUGAAUAUUUUAUGCAAUUCAGAUCUGGUCCAGUUAUUAACAGAAGGGGAUUUCUACACACAAAUACUUAAACUCUGAAUUUUGUCCAACUUGGCUUUGCCAGGUCACUUAAACAGCAAGUUGUGUGUACUACAUGGGGAUUUAAGAUACGGUACAUUCUUUAUUCAAAAUGUUUGCUGUUGAGAAAAUGCUGAUUACAGGAGUGCUGCCAGUUGCUGUUAAAAUUAAAAGUGGAGUACUCAUUUACUUUUCUAUCCUGCUCUUUCAAUUUGAUUCUAAAGAUCUCCCAGGAUCUUCAGUUCUGUUUCCAUUUGUAAUUUUAUAAUAUUUUAAAUGCAUAGAAGGACUAUGGUGCAUCAUCUUCCUUUUCUGCCGGUGUGUUGGUUGGGAAGUAUUUGUUCUAACUGCUAUAUUUUAACACUCCUCUGUUGAUGUUAGUUUUGCUGUUGUGAUGGGACUUAGCCAACCCAUUUGUUAAUGGAGAGUAAACUUCUUUUGGAGAACUUCUAUUCCAAGCAGUGAGGUAAGCAGUCAGAAAAACAAAACCAGAAGACAGAAAUGUAGCAGCAGCUGCUGUAGUACAAAUGAACUGACUUGACAAUAUUUAACCUUACCAUAUCACUUCUGUUUGCUUUAAGCAGAUGAUUUGGUGGCAGAGUAACAGCUCAGAUGUCCUAAAUGCUGAAUGAGAUUAAACCUACUAUUAGUUUUCUAUGUUCUGGUGGGAUGAAUUUAGGACUUAAACUAGUCCUGGAGGUUUUGUUUCCUCUCUCUCUCCCUCUCUCUCUCUCCAUACAAUGUGAAAUAUGCAGGAUAUAAACAAAACCGAUUUAGCAGUUGUUUUACAAAAGAUGAUUGAGCCUUAAACCCAGUGCUUUUUGCAGAACAUAUAAAAGCGUGACAUAGAGGCCAAUAAGAUGGACAAAAUAUUUGCAUGCCUUAUUUGUUCUGUUGCAGCAAUUGAUGGCUAAUGCACACCUGGUGAGUAAUCCUAAUAUAACAGAUCUCAGUUUUCUUAUUUUCAUUACCAAUUUUAGCUGCCUUGUUACUAGGGUAUCCUAGGGCUUCUGUUCUGCCUGGCUCUUGCUAGGGAUGUGAUCUUCACAACCCUGUGCACUCUUACCUCAAAUGAAAUCUACAAAUCUCCAGUCCUGUAUACUUAUACCACCUACCGCAGUGAUUAGGAGCCUCAAAGUACAUCUGUCAUGAGAUCUGAGGGAAGGUGGAGUCUGUCCACAGGUGACUCUCUUUGCAGAUCUUCUCCUUGUUUGUGCCUAGGUGAAAAAAAAGCAGUUGAAGCUUAGCUUUGACAUUGAGUUAGAAAAGCAACAAACAGCUCUGGAGAGGGAGACAGGGUUUUUUCUUUCCCUUUGCUUCUGCAGGGAUGUUCUGAUCUCACCAAGAGCUCUGCUAGUGUGGGAACCCGUCCAUGUGUCUCUGCCUGCGUUUGGCAUCCAGCCAUGCAGAUCCUUCUGCAGCAGGAAAAGGCCUUUGUUAAUGCAUUCAAAAUCUCAAAGCCUUUAUCAGUCCCAUGUCUAAGAUGAGAGCUUAUGGGGUGUGCAGUGAUAACUUGUCCCACCUAACUCAUAGAAGCUAUUCUGAUAAUCUUGAUCCAGUGAUAGAGCUGUGAACUGCAGCUGAGAUAGUCCAGGUUCUUGCUCCUUCCUUGGUGAAUGAUGUUCCCUAAAGCA